AUGUUCCCACAGAAAUAUUUGACACUGUACGUGCCUACUCAACGUUAUCACAUACAAAAUAACUUUCAAUCCGUCGCUGAUACUCGGCUGCAGAUUACAUCUUUCGUGGAGGAUGUCAACCGCACCAGGCAUCCAUACCUAGAUGAUCAUACCUGGCCUUACAGAGAAAUUAGCCAAGAAUGUCGAAAAAGCCUGGCCAACCUGCGUCUAGUCAGCAGGUCUUUUUGCCGGAGCGCCUCCCGGCCAUUCUUCCGCCAUUUCCAAGCGACAAUCGAAGGGCAGUGCCCAGAUUCACGGCCCUUGGAAAGACUUCUCAAUCUCUCCAACAGCGCGUAUGCGGUGUACGUGCGUCGCCUCGAGGUCGGAGUCGACUGCUCCGGAGAUUCAAAUCACGAGGCUCUUUCAACAUGCGUGGAAGACGUCGCUGCAACGUUACCAGCCUGCCUGGCGAGGUUCACGAAUCUCAAUGUUCUUCAAUUUCACGGCUCAUUAUCCUGCUGUUCUCGAGGAACCGCGGGGCUCUUCAGAGAUACAGUUAUAACGGCAUUACGCUACGUACCACUCUCAAAUCUGACAGAUCUGGACGUCACUUUCCCGAUUGCAUAUGAUUUUGGGCUCUUUCUUGGCAGCAAGGCGACCGUGGUGCGCAUACCGAUAGAGAAUGUGUUACGACGACUUCGGCACCUAGGUCUGUUCCUAUCGGAAUAUACUACCCGUCACGGACAGAGAUACUGGCCUACAGCAGUCUCCGCCGAAAAUGCGGCUCUCCCAAACAAUACCCAUGCGAUCCACCUUUGCAGAAGCACGGAUAUUCUCAACCUUGACAAUAUGAAUCUACACAAUUCGCUCCAUCUCAAAUCGCUUUAUCUCAAGGGAGUUUCCAUUUCAUCUCACGUUCUCAUUUCUCUCAUCGAACAAUGCAAGGACACGAUCACAUCGAUUGAGCUCCGCCGUGUGGAGCUCAAUUCUGAUACGUGGCAGCAAGUUUUGCUGCGAAUGAGCAGACUUUCAAAUCUUCUCGAUUUUGUCAUCGAUUCAAGCGGUUACUCGAGAGAUGGGGCGAGCUCCCAUUUGCGCCCAGGGCGUCUUCCACCGCCGGAUUACCCCGAAGACAUCGAAACGUACAACUUCCUGGAUAUCUAUGCGCUUGGAAAUGUACAACGUCGGGUAAACACCAAUAGGCUUAUUGCGGGGCUCCCGCGGGUGUCAGACUUUGACUAUCGACACAUUCAGCGGGAAACGCUCGAGACUGUGAUGGAAGAGAUGAACAUCACCUCUUAG